UGUUUUCCUCUUUGGUCUGCAGUUUUUUCUUUUGCCUCUAGAGUUCACACCAUUGUGAACUUAACUGCACAAUAGUGCACCAAAUCUCAUCACUUUCAAGGGGUUGUUUUUCAGAAGACACAGACAGUGCUGAUCCACUGGACGACAGCUUUCUCAGCAUACUGCACCAACCUCAGUGAAAACCUCAGCGAAGCAUGAACGAAGAGAGAAACAUGAAGAUAUUCUGUCUGCUUUUGGCAGCUAUUUGCAGCCCUGUGCUUAGUGAAUCAUGGAAGGCCACUAUUGUGAAAAAUCUUGACGCCUUGGUUUCAUCGUGUGUUGUGGUGCCCUGUUCAUUCAGCCAUCCCAAAGAAAAGCUGCCCACCUCCAGACUCAGAGGGAUCUGGCAUCGUUCAAACAAAAGAGAUGAAAUAAUCUACUAUGAGGAUAAGACAAGAGUCUUGGAAAACUUUAGGGGCCGCACACAGAUGUUGGGAGAUUUGGGUCAGAACAACUGCACCUUAGAAAUAGUUGAAAUUAAAAAUCAUGAUAAUGGCCCUUUCUGUUUCCGGAUUGAACUAGCACGAACAGAGACUGACACAGAGACCAAAGACAAGUUCUCCUUUGUUGAGGAUUGUGUCGAGUUGAAUAUGCUCCCUGGACCACCAAAGCCUAAACUGGUUCAUUCAGAGACAGCUACUGAGGGACAUUCGUACAUUGUCACCUGUUCAGUCAUCCACACCUGUCCUUCUCAUCCACCUACACUCACAUGGAGUAGGAGCACCAGAGAUGGGCUCAUUGAGGAUCACAGAGAAAUUCAUUCUGGCUUCUGGGAGAAACAGUCCAUCCUGACGUUCAUUCCUGAGGUGAAGGAUGAUCACAGUGAAAUCACCUGCACAGCUGAGUUUCAUAAACAGCAGACAUCCUCUGCAACAAUGAAAGUCUAUGUCAAACGAUCAGAAAACUAUAACCACAUCAUCAUUCCCGCUGUGGUGGGGGUUGCUACUGCUGUGAUCUUUGGAGUCUUCUGCAUUUUCAUGGUGAAAAAAUACAAGAAACGUAUUACGGAGCUCCAAAGUCAGGAUGGCAGCAUGUGGAACCGACUAUCCAGGCUGUCUCGCAGGAUUCAUUCUAGUGGCCCAGGACCAUCUCGUUCUGAUCAAAGACGGUCUAUUUGGAGCAGAUUUUCAAGAAGGCCAAGGGGGGACAGGGUGGAUUUUGGUCAUACGCCCAAUAAUGUGAUGUCACAAUCCUGUGCUGACCAGAAGGUCUCCAAGCCUCGUUUCCCAUCCCCCAAAAGCCAACCAAAAUCCUGCAACUACAAAGAGGACCUUGAUGACGGUGAUGAUUACAUGAACACUGCGGACCUCAACGUCUAUGGAAAUAUCUGAAAGAGGAAAACUGAUUUUCAGGGAUAGAGUUUGUUGUCAGAGCAAGCAACAAAUCAAAUAACGAUAAUUUGUAUUAAGUGCACCUGAUGAUUUCAAGCAUUGAUUUGAAUGUAGUCUUGUGAUGUAUGACCAUUGUGGUAAUCUGUUCUAUCAAGCAAAAAUACUUAAUAUAAUUUGAUCAUAUUAUCUAGGAGAUUGUAAAAUGGAUUUUAAUAUAUAAUAUUAUUCUUAUCAAUUUUUUGAAUGUCAUUAUGUCUGCAUAGCUGUAAAUAUGCACCUUUGUUCUGUUAGGUUCUUUCUUGUUUAGACACAGUGUAACUAUUGCUAGUCCUGAAACAUGCCAUAGUGAGAUAAGUGAAUAUGUCAAAUAAGUGGGGAAAAAAAAUGAAAAAGUGGGGGUGGAGUGGGGGAGUGGGGUGCCACUCUCAUAUUUGUCUGUUUACCAUAAGGACUGGAAACAGGGCAGCUAACUAUCUGCUAAUUCUACUUCCAUAUUUGCCAGUAUGACAGUGGUAUCAGUCUUUCCAUCUAACUCUGCAAACGCUGAAUACAUGUAUUUCCUAAAAUGUCAGACAUUUUCCUUUGAGAAUUUAGAUACAUAUGCACAUACUGAGACACACACUCAUACACAAUCAGUAGCAAAACUGAGUAAAUAGAAAUCUGGACCACAUAUUUUUGGUCAUUUGUACUCACAAAACGAUAAUUAUAUGGCUUUAAGUGAGAAAGUAAAACAAAUAUAUGAUUUGUGAA